UAAGCGCAGAAGAAACUCGUUAAAAAUCUUGGCGAGAAAAGUUGAGAACUGGAAUCGAAGAAGCGAUAGGGUUUUGGUUACUUGGAGUGUGAGUAUUUUAGUUACCACCGCUUGCAAUUUCAAAUUGGUUUCUUUUUUCCGGUGACAUUUAGUAAGACAAUGGAAGAAAUAAGAUCGGCGAUGGAGAAGCAAGUGGAUCUCGUAGCGGAUCUGGUUGAGAAACUCUCCGGAGAGCUCCGAACGGGGUUUCAACCUGCUUACGAUAAUUUCUUGGGGUUUUUCCACGCCAUUGAUUGGAAGGAACCUUGGAUUAUGGGUUUAAUGGCGUUUCAUGCUUUGUUGUUACUAGUGACUCUUCUUUCUAGAAGGCAUCUCAACUUCCAUAUGUUCCUCUUCUUAUUGGCUUGUAAGUUCCCUUUGAAACUGUCUAUAUAUAUAUUGUACAAGAAAUCUCUUCGAUCUAAUGAUCUCACUAGUCUAGUGGCUGGGGUAUACUUUGCAGAGAAUCUCAACCGGGAGUUGAGGAAAAACUGGAAGAGCUUCUCAACUCAAAACUACUUUGACUCGAACGGAGUCUUCCUAUCGACUCUCUGGUCUGGACCACUUUUGGUCAUUGCAAUGAUAAUCCUGAUAAACACACUCUUUUCGCUUUGCUACUUAAUCGUAAAGUGGAAAAGAGCUGAGCUCAGGCAUCGCGCAAGGCUUGCUCAUACCAAGGAGGAAUGAUCCCACUUUUUUUAAUCUCACAUUUAUGUAUACUCUCACACAAUGCAUCAAAACUGUUUUGAGUUUUUUAGUAGAAGCUGCUCUUUUAUGUAUUUCGUUUUCAAUUGAAUCGAAUUGUAUCAAACCGAACCAAACCAAAUUAUUCUACUUCGGUCUGUUAUGGUUAAA